AGGCUUUUCCUUUUGAGUUCCUCUUCUUUCAAUUUCCGUGUUUCCUCCCUCCUCUACCUUAUCUCUUUCCCAAUUCAGCAAACAAUACUUUGUAUUGAGAUCCUAUCUUCUCUCUCUCCUUCUAAAUCUUCCAAACCUGCUUGCAUUUGUCAUUUAGGAGCUCUUGUUCUCGGUUAUUAUUGUUAGUUUUCUAAAUAUCCCCACCAUCUAUCCUUCUUUUCCUAAAUAUCAACCCCAAUUACUUUCUUUUGUUAUUCAGUUUAGAAAUUUUCCAAAAGAUCAGCACCAUCUCUCUCUUUCUCUUUCUCUUCUCAUGGAUUUCAUAAGCCCAAUUCUCGACAUUAUAACCAAAUAUUUGAUUGAUCCCCUAAUCCCCCAAGUUGGCUACUUAAUACACCUCAAGGACAAUGUGGAGGCCUUGAUUGAUGUAACUGGGAAGCUAACGGGCAGGAGGGAGGACGAAAGGAGCGCAUUAGAAGCAGCAGAGAGAGAAGGGAAGCUCCCGACUGGCAUGGUGAGUGAUUGGCUAAAGGCAGUCGAUGAAAUCAAAACAAAAGCCGAUGCAAUCGAAGAGGAGUAUAGACAAGGAAUGACAUGUCUAAAGGGGUUGUGUACAAAUUGUUGGUCUCGGUACAAAUUGAGCAAGAGGGCUACGAUGCUCAAGCUGGUGGUUGAUGACAGGCUUGCAGCACAGUUUGUUUUAGCAAAACCACCUCCUCCAGAGUCCGUGAGAGUGUUAGAAACCACACCCAUCGAGGACCAACCAAGUGUUCAAGGCACUUUGCAAAAGAUACUUGAUGCCAUAAAUGACCAACAUUAUGGGGUCAUCGGAGUAUAUGGAAUGGGGGGUGUUGGCAAAACCACUUUGCUAGAAAAUGUAAACAAUCACUUCAAAGAGCAGCCUUCUUUUGACACUGUUAUAAUGGUUACAGUGUCGGCCACUCCAAAUAUACUGAAUAUUCAAAAAAAGAUUGGCCAAUACCUUGGAUUGGAUUUGUCGAGUUGCAAUGAGGAGGAUGCAAAGGAUAAGUUGUUGGCUGCACUAAGGAGGAAGAAGCAUGUACUUAUCCUGGAUGACCUAUGGCAUGAACUGAAACUCGAGGACAUAGGAAUCCCGCGACCCAAAAUUGAGAGUGGGUGCAAGAUUUUGGUAAGCAGCCGAAAUCAAGAUGUAUGUACAGACACAGGGGCUAAAAUCACAAUAGAAGUGAAUAAAUUAUCAGAUGCAGAGGCUUGGAGACUAUUCAUUAAAACAGCAGGUGAGCAUGUUACUUCACCUCUAAUAAAACCUCAUGCUGAGAUUGUCCUAAGAAAGGCUGAGGGCCUGCCCCUAGCCAUUACCACUAUUGCACAUGCCAUGGCAAACCGACACACGGUGGGGGAAUGGGAGGAUGCCGUAAGAGAAUUGAACCAGUCAGCUGCAAGCCUCCGAGGUAUGAAGGAAAAGGUAUUUGAUUCUUUAAAGUUUAGUUAUGAUAGAUUAGAGAGCGAUACGCACAAGUCGCUCUUCCUUUUUUGUGCUUUGUAUCCUGAAGAUUAUUCAAUAAAACAAAAUGAAUUAGCAAUUCAUUGUAUUGGAGAAGGAUUUGUGGAUAGGCUAGGUACUUUGAGAGCCACCCGCAAUAAAGUUGCUACCUUGGUUGGGAGUCUCAAAACCGCAUGCAUGCUUAAAAAUGGGGAAGAAGAGGGUGAGGGCGAGGUGAGAAUGCACGAUAUGAUGCGCGAGCUAGCACUAUGGAUCACCUCUCCUGAGACUGAAGACGGCCCCAAGUUCUUGGUGCAAGCCCAAGCUUCAUUGAAGGUGGCUCCUGAGGCUACGGAUUGGGAAGAGGCCGACAGAAUUUCACUGUCAAAUAAUGAACUUGAGGCUCUUCCUGAAUUGUCACAGGCCUCCCCAAAACUUACUACAUUGCUUCUUAACAACAACAACACUAUAACAGUCAUCCCGUCGAGUGGUUUCUUUGAAUACAUGGAAGGCCUUCGCGUGCUUGAUCUUACUUGGACACAGAUUCGAUCUCUUUCGCCUUCCUUGUCAUAUUUAGUGAAUCUCCGUGUGCUCAUAUUAAGGAACAGCUAUUACCUAGAAGAAUUACCACCAAUUGGAGGCCUCCAACAACUCCAGUAUUUGGACCUGUUUAACUGUUGGACUGUGCAGAAGAUGCCUGAAGGGAUGGGAGAUCUGAUUAAUUUAAGGUAUUUAAAUUUAAGACAAACAAGUUUUAAAAUUCCUGGAGGAAUGUUCUCUCGUUUGCUUAAGCUGGAGGAGUUAGACGUGUUAGGUGCUGUUGGUAUAAAAUGGAGAGUGGAUGAUGAUGAUGGUGAUGAUGAUGAUGAAGGAGAUGGGAGAGGCAUCAUUCAUAAUGUUUGGGACCUGACCCAAUUGAACCAUUUGAGUAGGCUUGUCAUUAGACUAAAUAAUAUUAUUAUUUCUGAUUGGAUCAAGCCAUUAGCCAGGAGUAUGGAGAUUUUGAGUUUAGAAAGUUGCAAGUUUGAAAAUGUCGAUGCCUUGAUUGCAUUGGAUGGAUCCCAAUGCCUAUCUCAAUUAGACAUGUUUCGUUGCAAGGGUGUGACGCGGGUACCGACUUGCAUCUCAAACAUUCUUGAGGUAAACCACUGUGAGGAAUUGGAGAGUUUGGUGGUUGGUGAGGAGGCCAAAGAUGACUCCUUUCAAUGCUUGAGAGAGUUGAGGCUUUGGGGUUUGCCUAAACUAGAAGCGAUAUGUAUCGGUAUCCCACCACCAUACUGCUUUGUUAACCUAAGGAGAAUAAGCAUAUCUGAAUGCAAUAUACUGAAGGUGGUGUUCACAAAGGGCAUAGCGCAACGUUUCAACAACUUGGAAGAGUUUAAAGUUUUGGAUUGUAAAGGCUUGGAGGAGGUGAUUGAAGUAGAUGGACCAUCAUCAUCAUCACCAUUAUUGUUGACUCUACCCCGGCUAAGAGAUUUGUGGCUAAACAAUCUACCGCAGCUGAGCAAUAUAUGCAGCAAAAGUGUGCUGUUUUGCCCACUGAUUAAACAUCUUGAGGUAGAAGAAUGUCCACACUUAGAUAAAGAGCCCCUUGGUGUCUGCAACGAACUUGGGGCACUUGUCAUCAAAAAAAAGAGGUGGGAAGGUGAGGUUGUUGAGAGGGAGUCAUGAGGCAGGAAGGCAAGUGAGCAAAAUGGAGGGGGAUUCCACUGCCCAGACAUCCUUCCUGCUUAAAUGAUGGUGAUCAUCCUCACUCUUACUUUAGUUGAACAAAAUUAUUUUCUCUCCUAUUUUUUAAGAAAAGGAUGGUCACCACUUUCCUCUAUAUAUAUUAAACUCAUUUUUUAGGUGUUUGAAAACUUUGCUCAAUGGAUAAACAUUUCUUCUUUCUCUAUUAAACUCCUUUCUUGGGUAUUUGAAAACUUUGCUCAAUGAGAUAAGCAUUUCUUUACGGUGUGGUUGCACCUUAAAGUGUGUUUCAUUGUUGUCUCAAUGGUAUUUUAAUUUAUGAAAAGGAGGUUUUCACCAUUUUAAAGUUAGUUCUAAUUUGAAGUCGUGCUUUUGGGAUUUUUUUUCCUCUCUUUUUUUCUGAAUCUCCUCUUAUUUGAGACGUUGGGUUCGUUGUUGUUUUUUUUUUUUUUUUUUGUUAUUGACUCUCUUUCCAUGUAAAAUUUUCCAGACUUGAUAAAAACUGUCAAGUCUUUUAGUUGCUAGAGGCAUUAUCAUGCUUGAAGCUUGGUUUUUACAUGUAAGAUAAAUUUAUCAACAUCUGUAGGAAAAGAGAAUAGGGAAAUUAUAAGAUGAGAGCAUUUAUUUUUUGACACAAGGAUGUCACAUUUAUUCUUAGCCAUCAAAUGUGAAAUUACAUGGCUAAAGGUGUGCCAUUGAUUAUGCACAACGCACCAACUUAUUUUUUUCUGAUUUAUUUAUUUG